UGAAUACACUUAUAAAUCAGAGUAGACACCUGUUGGAUGAUUUUGGAUAUUUUCGCAGUUAAAUCAUCAACAUAAUUUAAUUUACUCCACUAAAUUAGCCAAAACGUCAAUGAUUCUACUUGAAAUUUACUAUCACUGAGAUUUUUGUAGUUUAAAUAUACUACGUUUAAUUUAUACAACAAAAAUAAAAAUCCAAUGUUGUUAAUUAUUCAUAUCGGCAACAAAGAAUUAUUGCCAAAUUUGUUAAAUACGUCUCAGGUUUCUGUAAGGCGGGAAAUAUCUUUAAUUUCUAUUUGUUUCGUUAUUUUUAUUUUCAAUUAGCUGUAGAAAAUUAAUGUUUGAUAAGAUUUCGAAGCAUUUUUAGGGAACACGUUGCAUCUGAAAAUUUAGAGACUGGUAUAUAUUUUAAAGAUGCAUGGCUGUGUUGAAACAUGUAUAAGGAAGCGCGAACUGUUUUAAGAGUUAAUUCAUAUUUUGAAUGUAUUCCGGGUAAAUCUAAGGCAAAUGCACUUCUUCAACUACUUUUGACUUGAGUCCUUUCGAACAAUUAUAAGACAGUAUAUUGUACAACAGACAGUUGUUCAAAGGUGGUUAGCGUCGUUUUGGUUUGUACAAAUCGCUGUUUUGGUUUGUAUUUCUGCACGGCUGUUUAUUUCAAAACUUCAGAGAAGUAAACUCAGACUCUUCUAUCGAACCACACAAGAUUUCUGAAGAAACAGUUCCAAAUUUAUACUCAAGCUGCCAAGGAGCUUGCUUUGAAUUUUAAGUCAUUCUAGGGUUAAAGUUAUCGACAUUGGAACAACUGGCUCCAGUACAGUAACAGUGGAUGAAGUUAUAAACCCAUAUAGACCAAAUACAGUUUGCUAAUGAACUCAUGCAGGACAUCUGCAAGACAACUUGAAAAAUUUUAAACUAGUGCGUGGUAGACUCGGAUGGUAGAAUUCCAGUUUUUAUUAUUAUACAGUAAGCAAUUUUUUCUUCGGUUAAUAGCUGCAUUUCUCGGUGUACUAUGAUAGACAUGCAGGCAUAGAUAUUGACUCAGGUAAAUUAGCGAAUGGACUAGAAUGCACAAGGAGGAACUGAGCGAGAUAGGCCGUAGGAUGAGCAUCAAAAAGAUGCAAUUCCGUUGCACCUUCGUGUAACUACGUAAUUUUUACAUGAAUAAAUAGAUAAAAACUUACUUUAUCAGAUAUCCGUUGCUCCCCAAGCGAAACAGGUGCACAAUUGGGAGAAAAAUCCCACCAAAGUUUGAUAUUUUCGCGCUUCGAAAUAUUCGAACCGCCAUUGUUUUGGUAGCAAAUACGCAUGCGCAACUCAGCCAAGCUCGCACUGCGCACGCGCAGACUAUAAAAAUAGAUUCUUACUGUGGGGUUUCCAACACCGCGGAAAAACGUCUGCGCAUGCACCAAAUUAUGAAAAUAUGGCGGGGAAUUUGAAUAUCAAUUUCUAAAACAAAACCAUGCUUAUUAAUUGGUCAAAAAUUAGUAAAACAAACGAGAAAAUAUAGCAAAUGGGUAGACUAGACAUUAAUUGAAAGCGUCCUGCCAUUUAAAGUAUGAUAUGAAAUAUAAUUCAUGUAAAAAAUUGUUCAUUUUAACGGACACGACUUCGAAAAUUUUUGCAAAAUUAUUCAAAACAAAAAUUCAAUCUCAAAAGUUAAGAAAACUCUCGAAAAGUUAAGCUUCUUAACCAACUCUAAUUGUAGAAUAAAUUCUAAAGUUUAAUUAUUGUGAACACGAAAAUUUUUUAUAUUUGGCGACACAGUUUUUUUUAAAGAAAUGUAUCUCAAACGAAAAUUCGGAAAUUGUCGUUGCUUAGUUGAUAAACAAAAUGUUUCAGACGAUAAAUUUGUCAACAAUCACCUUUAGUUCAUGUUCUUGUACAAUACAAUUUCUUGAACCUUCUGGCUGUAUUUAUUCCUAGUUUUUAGAAUGACAUGUUUAUUUUUGCGCUCGAAAUCUGGCUGUAAAGACGCACAAUGAAGUCACUCCUUUUUACCGCCAUUUUGAGCCUUCGGAAACGUUCGGAACAGCUUCUCAUCAAGUUCGCAAUACUAUUACAAGUAAGGUAGACGCAUGCGCAGACAUUUUUCCGCGGUGUUCGGGUUUCCCCGAUUUCCUCCGCAAAAACAACAAAAUAAAAUCACGGAAUACUGAUCAAACCUUGUAAUAUAAAUACACCCACAUUAAAUACUGUUUAAAACACAUUGUAUAUUUUGCUUGCUCAUAUGCUAAAUCACUUCAAUUCAUUGGCUAUUGUUUCAAAGUACCGUUUUAACGUUUAAUUCUACUUUAUAUUAACAUCCUAAUUCAAUACAAAUUUGUGUGAGGUAAAAAGCCCACCUGUAUCAAACAGGACGGAGAAUAAAAAAUAUAUAUACAUAUAAUUCACACGAUCAAGGAACAAAUGAAAUAUUUCACUAAACUUAAAGCCUUGGCCAAACGUAAGAAACAAUGUCGCGGAAAUAUUCGUGAUUUUUAAUGGGCUUUUAUUGCAGAAGCAAAAAUUUGCUUCCCAGAAAGCAAACAAUUUCCUACCAAAUUCAGAAGCAUUUGAUGAAACACUCUUUAUCCGUUUGCCGACGCUGAUAAGACAAUAUGACAUACCGAAAGAUUGGAAAGAUAAAUUAUAUGACAACAGUGUUUCCCAGUUCGUCCCGCGCUUUAAGGGAUAUUUAUAUAAACUCCUAGGAAAACCUCUGAUUGAAUCUUUAAUGUAUUAUUGAAUAACUAUGCAAGAUGUUUGGCGCUUCUUAAUUAAACUGUGCGUUCCAGCAUCGCUUAGUAUACUCUAUGGAUACCAAUCCUGGAUUUGGACCAACUUUUCCAUUCGCUCCAACCAUAUUUUCCAACCAUCUGUUCCAAUCGACGAAGCCGGACUGCACCAGUGAAGGACCUUGAACUGUGAAAGAAACAUGUCCCAGGCACCAAGUCAAAAAUUCAUUAUAAAAAAAAUAUAAAUUGGGAGGAAAUAUAAAAUCCAUAAUCUCAUUAUAACUAUCUAUAAUUGAAAGAAAUGUUUUCAUCUUUGAACCCAGAUUUUAAUCAGAGCAAUAAAAUCCCACUUAUUGGAUACUGGCCAAGGGCUUACAUGUUCAAAACGAGAUUGCAUGAAUUCUGCAAUAAGCUGUCCUGGCUUUUGUCUGGUAAAGUUCUACUUCUCGUAUUUGAACUAUUACAUAUAUUAUAUUUAUAUUGUGACAUAAGUUGGUAUGUAGCCACCUAUCUAGAAUAACAAGGAAUCUACUGCACUGAUAAUACCCACGUACAUUGCCAUCAUUGUUCACCUCAAAUCAUUAAUAAUGUGCGAAUGCAUGAGCAAAUUAGCCAACCAUAUUGCUUUAUUUUGCUCACAUGAUAAUACUGGAUACCUGAUGAAGUGCAUUGAUCCAGUAGUGUCCUAGGACUGGAUUAAAAUUAAUUCAGUCCUUGGACUGGAUCAAAAUUAAUUAAGUAGUGAUUUAUUCGCAUGAGAUGUUAUUUCAAAUCCUCCAAUUCGGACUGGACUAGAUUUCAAGUCCUCACAUUUUGAUCCAGUCCUCUGCUUCGCCUCGGACGUGAUCAAAUUGCGUGUACUUGAAAUCUAGUCUAGUCCUCAUAGUCAGAUUUGAAAUAUUAUCCCUUGUCAAAUCAGAUGCCAUAUCACCGCCAAGGAAGAUUCAGUUUUGGUAUUUCUUGCACCUUUUGGCGAAGAAUCAAUGCAGCAUUGUAUAUAAUUUGUAACUCAUUGACUUUAGAAUUUCCCUCAGUUUCUGUGUUGGAAUUCACAUCAUCAUCAUCAUCAAUGGUACAGCUCUCUUCAUCAAAGUCUUCAUCGUUGUUUUCAGACUUAAUUGACAUAUGUUCCUCAACCAAUUCAGAAGAAUCCAAAUUUUCCACAUAUACAAUCUCACUAAUAUUUCUCAUUUUCUGUACACAGAACACAAGUUUGGGAUAACUUUUCAUCAGUCAUUGCUUUAAAAGCUCUAUAUUUAGAUGUGUCCACAUUCUCAGUUUCCUUAGCAGCAAUGAUAACAAAUUUCUCCAGCAAAUCUUUCACAUACUUUAUUUGCUUAUUUCCCAUGACCUCCGUCUCGAUUACUUUCUUACAGAAUACAUCAUAAGACUUCUCGUGAUGUAGAUCUUUCAGUCUCCGAUUGCUUCUUCGUACACUGAUGUAGAUUUUUCAGUCUCCGAUUGCUUCUUCAUCUCUCUGGUGAUAAAUAUUGUAUAAUUGCAGUAGCAAAAUUUGUGAUAGCGGACUUUCAGAGCUACACAGUCUUUCCCCCGGACUUGCACGAGUAUCCGUUCAUCAUUCUUUCUCUCAGCAGCUGUACGUAGAAGACCAUUGUUUUUGCCAACAUGAGUGGGGUUCUUCUUCUCUUCUUAGUUACCUGGUGUGAAACAAAAUUAUUAAACUAAAUAUCUGCUAAUAACAAGGUUGGGUAUUUGUAGCAUAGAAACUAGUACUUUACCCUAAAUAAACUUAAUUGAUCACAAUUCAAUAUAUUUUAAAACCAAACCCGAGAAUGUUGUGCACAUUGCGCUAGUAUUAUUAAUUACCUAUCAAAAUGACUAUACCUUGUCUAGUGAGAUCCACGAGGCGUCUCUUCCACAAAUAAUACAUAUCUCUGGGAGUACAUGCGCAUUUCUUUUAGGCAGGGCCUUAUUUUAAUAUAGCUUCUGCGACUGAUUGACGUGUAAUUUUUCGCCUUGGUUCUAUCGGCUCCACUUCCACGUGUGAUUCUUCGGUAGAAGUUACAGUUUUAAAGCUAGUUCCUUCUCCUUUUUCUUCCUUUCUCUGUUGUCUACGGAUCUUCUCUUCAUCACAAAAUCUCUUCCAGCAUUUCAUAUGAUGGUACCAUUCUAUUUUUAAUGGUAUCAGGGUUCUUCUCCAUGUAUGAACACUUACACUCAAAAAAUUUCUUAAGCCUUUGGCGUGUAACUUUGCAAAGUUGCUCCGUAACGCCAUCAAAAAUGCACAAAACAUGAGGAUAUUCGAGUUUUAUAAAUAUCUUCAGCCAUGAUUUAUUUGCAUAACUGAGCGUGUUUCCACUUCGAAGCAUGUGCGUUGGUUGUGCGCGUGCGCAGUGCGAGUUUGGCUGAGUUGCGCAUGCGUAUUUGCUAUCAAAACAAUGGCGGUUCGAAUAUUUCGAAGUGCGAAAAUAUCAAACUUUGGAGGGAUUUUUCUCCCAAUUGUGCACCUGUUUCGCUUGGGGAGCAACGGAUUCUGAUAAAGUAAGUUUUUAUCUAUUUAUUCAUGUGAAAAUUACGUAGUUACACGAGGGGUGCAACGGAAUCCGUUUUCUAAGCAUCUUUUGGAUGCUCAUCCUACGGCCUAAGAGAGGGUGGUGAGGGGUACGACACCCACGACACGUUUUAGAAAACUCGACGGUAGAACGGCCGAUAAUGUAGGGAAAACCGUGACUUUUGACGGUAAAUUGAUCGGUAAAAUUAUCAUGAGGUGGUAAAUAAUAUUGCGAAAUUCCCCACCCCGUCGAAAUGUACACUUAUUUUAGGAAAUUUAUGAGGAAAAAAAUUAUACUUCUGGAGUUUCGCUCCCGGAACAGCCCCUCUUGGAACGCCACUGAGAAUGGUUCUUCAGUUUGGCAUGUUAAUUACUAGAAAAUACAUGCAUGCAGAAACACUCGCCUUGCUGACAAAACCAUUGUAUUUUCCGACUAAAUGCGACUAACACCAAAUACUAGAGUUUUGAUGCGUCAUAUUUUGGAUCUUCCUGAGACAUCUGGAAACUUUGGCCGUAUAAAUAUUGACCAAGAUGAGGUUUUUACUAUACACUGGAAGCAAAAUAUAUGUUGCACUAGAUAAAGUUACUUAAUUAAAACUGUCAAACUUUCAGUAAGUUAGCAAUAAAACCACAAGUUCAUGAAACUUUGAGGAAAUUCACUAAAAAAUUGAACUAUUUCCAUAUUUUUGUUAUGCAGGUUUCCUAGAAUAUUUCCACGCUUUCCUGGAACAUUUCGAUAUAAUAUAUAGAAGAGUGAAAAAGUUUGGAAAUUGAAUUUCUAAACUUUUUCCAUAUAAUUCUUAUAGAUUUUGCAUUUAAUUCUUAUAGAUUUUGCAUUUAAAAUUUCCCAGUAAAUUGUGAGAUUUAGUGUACCUUUAAUCCGAAAAUAUUGUAAUUGACAAGUAGUUGCAGUAUAAUAUAAUUAUGAUGCAUGCUACUGAUAAAUGAUACAACACUAUAAACAUUUGCUUUGGUCCCAAGAAUUAUAGAGCGUUAUAUAUUGAAUGAAGGCUUUGUCACAAACGUUUUCUUUCCCUUUCCAGGCGACAUACCAACCAAAAUGGCGGUGGUUGUCUUUGUUUUAAUACUUGCCUUAGUGUCUCCUGUUUCACCUGCUUAUACAAAACCUCAUAUAAUUAUGGUCGUUGCAGAUGACUUGGUAAGCUCUUUUAAAUUUAUUUAUUUAUCUAAAUAUUUAGUAUAAAUUAUUACAAUCGUAAUCCUAUAUAAUUAUACAAAAUCAAUAUAAAUGAUUGUUCAUGCACUCAAUAGUAAAAAUAUUUGACCAUGUGAAAGGUGGGAAUUUCCAUAUUUUACUGUUGCAGAAAUGAAAAAAUCAAUGUUGAAUAGUUAACCGUUAACAGUUUCAAUAACAUUCAAAUAAAUUGACCAUUUUAAAGGACAUUGGCAAUAUAAAAUUAGUUUGUCCUAUUCAAAAGAACUCUUAAAAUUAUAUAUUAAACUAUAUUACCAAUUUGUCGUACCUUGCUUAGUUUUCGAAAUAUUUAGACCGAAAUUAAUGAGCUGUGCGCCAUCUUGGACGAAUUCUUGACCUCAUUAACUAUGGUUUUGAUGACGUCAGGAGUUGGGUUAACCAUAUAAAACUACUCUAAAAUGACCGAGUACCAAUCCAAAAUUGUUUGAAAUGUUUUUAGUCAUUCCUAAAUUUCAGACAGCAACCAGAAACGAAGUUUUGGACCCAUAUUGAUCGCUUACUCUCAAGAUAAAAAAUUAGCGUGAUCCCUCUCUUGACGUAACAUGCAUAUCCUCAAUAAUCCAAGAUGGCGAACAGCUCACUUUUUCAAGUUGAAAUAUUUUAAAAACUAAGCAAGAUAUAAACAAUCUGUAAUAGAGUUUAAUAUAUCGUUUUAAGAGUUCUUUCAAAUGAACUAAACUAAAUUUUUAUUGCCAAUGUCCUUUAAAUAAAGUUAACCCAUUUUUAACUGCCGUAGCAAUUUUAUAAAACAAUUACCACAAGGUUUUCCGUGCAGGAUAGCGUCAUUCAUGCAUUCGGGAUAUUAUUCGACUUUCGGAAAGGACAAAAAGGCACUCCCCUCGUUUGCAAUAUAAACUUUAUAACGUGCCUCUCUUAAAUAUAUUAUUUUGUUUUCCUUCUCUCUAGGGAUGGGAUGAUGUUAGUUUUCAUGGUUCAAAUCAAAUUCCAACACCUACGUUGGAUCGUCUAGCUAAAGAGGGAGUUGUCCUCAAUAAUUAUUACGUUUCACCUUUGUCUACACCAAGUAGAGCAGCUUUCAUGACUGGCAAGUAUGCCAGCCAUCUUGGUAAGACAGUCAAAGAUUUUUGUCAUAUCCACCAGACCAACUUGCAUGAAUUUCCUAACAUUUCUUCUAGUUUUUACUUUUCUUCUAAUAAUGAAUUUUUCUAAUUUUACUUGUCAGGUUUACAACACGACGAUUUCCAUAAUCAACAACCAAGUGGUCUACCGCUGAGUGAAUCGUUAUUACCAAAUCGUUUACGAGAAUUGGGAUACAGUGCCCACGGUGUAGGAAAGGUAGCUAUGAUGACAUUUUUCCCUUUAUUUUCUUCUAGCUUAAAUAUUUGAUGGGUUUGCAUAAUGGUUUAAUAGCAAUUCCACCAGGUGCCUCUUAAAAUAUUUACAAAUUAAAAAUUUUGUCUAAAGCAAGAUGAAAAUUUAUGGUAAACCAUUGAACUAUAUUCUAUUGUCUCUUUAGUGGCAUUUGGGAUUUUUUUCGAAAGAGUACACGCCAACAUUUCGCGGUUUCGACUCAUAUUUUGGUUUCUGGACAGACACAGAAGACUAUUAUUCCCAUGUGUCCUAUGACAAUGGAUAUGGAUUAGAUUUAAGGAGAGAUUUACAGGUAAAUUUUAUUUUCAAUACAGAAAAUUCAAUACUCGAUUUGCGAGCGGAGUGCAAUUUUUCUUUGUCUUGUGAUUUCCUGGGUGGAACUGAUUAGAAAAACAAAGAAAAAUUCCGCUGGCGGCUUUUCUCACCAUCUGGUCAACAGACGCUAACGUUCUUUUCGUAUUUUAGUUGGUGUACAAUGAAAGCGGAUCAUACAGUACAGAACUUUUCACGAAAGAAGCAAAAACGAUCAUCAAAAAUUACGAUAACAAGAAACCAUUGUUCUUAUACUUGGCUCACCAAGCAGUGCAUGUUGGGAAUGGAGAUGAUCCGUUACAAGUCCCUGAGAAAUAUGUCAAGCAGUUUGCAGGAAUUAAGGACGUAUCAAGAAGGAGAUUUGCAGGUAUAUCUUUUUAAUUUAGUAGAUUUCUAACUUGUUUGGUUUCGCAGAUUUGUUUAGCUGGUCAUUAAAAUAUUGCACAUCAUUGUGUCGAGUUAGUAUCGGAUGAAACGUUCCUACAAAAUAUGAAAGUAUUAAAGGGAGAUUCAAAAUUUGAUUAUUUCAAUCACCGACACUGGAAAAAAAAGUUUCGGUGGUAUCGUGUGUUUGUCAACAUUUUUAAUGGUUCGAUGUAAAAAAUUCACACGUGUGCUGCAUUUUUCGCAGUUGUUCCUGGUCCGGUCUUAAAGUGUAUAUAUCCUCACUUGGAUUACUAACCCUAAAAACAGCAUUCUAAUAUUAAUUCCACCAAGUGAAGUGCAAAAAACAAGAUCAUUGAAGUCUAUAUUACUUGUAAGCCUAUUUUAGUGUAAUGGGGCCGCAGUAAUUGGCUGGCGCUGUUGCCAACUUCUGUCUUAAAUUGUAAAUGUAUUUUAAGGCAAAAUAAAUAAAUAAAUAAAUGAUGUACAGUAUUCUAUAUAUUAAAUGGCUUUCAAAACCUUUUGGUUUCAGGGAUGGUCGCGACCAUAGAUGAAUCACUGAAAGACCUAACGGAUGCCCUCACUGCCAAAGGAAUGAUGCAAAAUACAAUUAUUGUUUUCACAACUGAUAACGGUGGUGCCGCUGGAGGAUAUGACAAUAGUGCAGGCUCAAAUUACCCUCUAAGAGGAAGCAAGAACACAUUUUGGGAAGGCGGUGUACGUGGUGUAGGCUUUGUCUACAGUCCUCUGCUGAAAAAUAAAGGUUAGUAUGUUGGGAUAGACCGUUUCAUCAUGAACACAUAUAACCUCAGCAUCAAAACAUGCGGAAUCGAAGCGGUGAACGCAUUGCAAAGAGUGCUGUAUAUAAUUAUAUUCAAAUUACAGUAAAGAAGGUCGUCAAGACUAUACGAAUUUAGUAUAAACCUACUAGUAAGCUAUCACAUUUCGUGCCUUCUGAUUGGCUACGCUACUAGUAGGCUAUUAGUGAUAGCCUACUAAUAGAAAAUUCAAAAUGGCGGAAAAUUCGCGUUUUGCACUUUUGCCGAAGUGUCUGAUGAUUUUUUGGACGACUUGUUGAACAAUUCUGUACUAAAAAACCCCGAAAAAAGCAACAAAAAUAUCGAAUGGCAAUUUUUAAGGGUAAGAAAAUAGACAAAAUAACAUACACUCAAUGAAAUUUUAAAAUUAAAACUGAAUUUUGUAAAAUAUUUUACGCGAACAAAAACUAAAAUAUUUGUUUACCUUUAAUGGUUUUAUAAUGUUUUUUGUGUAUUUUUGUAUUGUGUUUGCAGCCUAGUUGUAAAUUAAUGUUAAAGUUUAUACUAAAACAAUUAGACAACUCGGCCUCGUUGUCUAUGAGCAAAUAGUCAACUCGGCAUCGCCUCGUUGACUAUUCGCUCAUAGACAACUCGGCCUUGUUGUCUAAUUGUUAAAUGGUUUGGAGUUCUCUUCGCAAAUCAGUUCAAUCAACAUUUUAUCAAUGUAGGUCCAAACCUAGCUAACACAAUAUGUCACCUAUAUCACGCAAACUCAAGUAUUAAGUCUGUUUUUAACACUUGACAGUACCAAAGCAUCUUUUGAUAUUCCUAAUACAAUGAUAAAAAAGAUAGCCCCAAUAAUCUCACCUGUGUUUACAAGUAUAUAUAAUGAGUCGAUUAGUACGGGUAUUGUUGCAGACAUUCUAAAGAUUUCACGAGUUACACCCAUAUACAAAUAUGGUACAAUUACAAUUACAAAUCCAAGUAACUAUCGACCAAUAUCAGUCUUGUCAGCUUUUUUAAAAAUACUGGAAAGGAUUAUUUAUAAUCAACUAUAAUUAUUUCAUGUUAAAAAUGGUAUACUCUUUGAAUAUCAGAAAAGGAUUUUUGACAGAACAACCAAUACUUGAAAUUACAGAUACCUUAAAAACUACAAUUGAUAAAAAGGAAGUAACGUGUGCACUAUUCCUGGAUUUUUCGAAAGCCUUUGAUAAUGUCAAUCAUCAAAUUCUCUUAUCUAAACUUGACAAAUAUGGAGUACGUGGGACCCAGUUGGAUUGGUUUAAGAGUUAUUUAAUGAAUAGGAAACAAUAUGUACGGAUUGGUAAUUGUGAUUCAGAAAUGCUUACAAUGACUUGUGGAGUUCCUCAAGGUUCAACUCUCAGACCAUUAUUAUUCUUAAUUUAUAUAAAUGACAUGCAUAAUUGCAGUAGCAAACUUUCAUUCCGAAUAUUCGCAGACGACACAAAUAUAUUUUAUUCAAACACAAGUAUUGAAGACGUUGAAAACGUUAUGAAUAUAGAAAUUGAAAAAAUAUUUCGUUACUGUGCUACAAAUAAGCUUUCAAUUAAUUUGGAAAAGACGAAUUUUAUGGUUAUCACUAACUCAAAAGAGAAAGUUAGAAAUAUACGGAUUAAAAACAUUGUUAAAGGAGACUUUAUUAAAUAUCUUGGUAUAUAUAUUGAUAAUAAUCUAAAUUGGGAGUAUCAGAUUAAACACGUAAAUA